UCAUAGUGCCAUAUCCGGUGGAAGCAGGCAAUGGACAGUGGCAGCUCCUACAAAAAAGCAUUGGCAUUGUGGGCAUGCACAUGCAAUUACUACACAACGAUCGUGUCAUCAUUUUCGACCGCACCGACUUUGGCUUAUCCAACUUAGACUUACCCAAUGGCAAGUGCCGCAAAAACCCAAGAGAGUUGGUUGUCAAAGACGAUUGCACUGCUCACUCCGUCGAGUACAACGUCGCUUCCAAUAAAUUCCGGCCACUGUUCGUAGAAACCGACGUGUGGUGUUCAUCCGGUUCGGCGGCUCCCGACGGUUCCCUGGUUCAGACCGGCGGUUACAACGAUGGAGACCGUGCGGUGAGGAUAUUCAAUCCAUGCCCCACAUGUGAUUGGCAAGAAAUUGAAGGUGGACUUGCAGCUCGAAGAUGGUACGCCACCAAUCACAUGCUGCCAGAUGGAAAACAAAUCGUUAUUGGUGGCAGAAAACAAUUCAACUACGAGUUUUAUCCCAAGAAAGGAGCCACAGCUACAAACACUUACAGUUUACCUUUUCUGGUACAGACCAAUGAUGCUGGCGCUGAGAACAACCUUUACCCCUUUGUUUUCCUUAAUGUGGAUGGCAACCUCUUUAUCUUCGCCAACAACCGUGCUAUCUUAUUCAACUACAACGACAACAAGGUUGUGAAAACAUACCCUACUAUACCAGGUGGAGAUCCCAGGUCUUAUCCUAGUUCCGGCUCAGCCGUGUUGUUACCUUUGAGGAAUUUACAAGGGCCUUCUGUUGAAGCUGAGGUUUUGAUUUGCGGUGGAGCCCCCAAAGGUUCUUACCAGCAGACUUUAAAGGGUCGAUUUGUCGGAGCCUUGAAUACAUGCGCCCGGAUCAAAAUCACUGACCUGAAUCCCCAAUGGGCUAUGGAGACCAUGCCAGGUGGUAGAACCAUGGGUGACAUGGUCAUGCUCCCCAACGGCAAUGUUUUAAUCAUCAAUGGAGCAGCUGGAGGGACAGCUGGGUGGGAUUCGGGUAGAAACCCGGUUUUGAACCCGUUUCUAUAUAAAACAAAUGGUAAGGUCGGGUCUCGGUUCGAGUUGCAAAAACCGUCCGGUAUCCCAAGGGUGUACCACUCCACAGCCAUUUUGCUUCGUGACGGUAGGGUACUGGUUUCUGGGAGUAAUCCUCAUAUUUUUUACAAUUUUACCAAUGUGUUGUUUCCAACGGAACUAAGGUUGGAAGCAUUUUCUCCUUCGUAUCUUGAGCCUGGAUUCAAUAAUCUGCGUCCAAAAAUUGUUGUUCCCCAAUCCCAAACCAAACUCAAAUAUGCUCAGAAGUUGAAGGUUCAAUUCCAGGUGACGGGAAAAUUAGCUAAGGAUUCGGUUUCGGUGACAAUGUUGGCACCGCCUUUCACAACGCACUCGUUCUCCAUGAAUCAGAGGUUGUUGGUGUUGGAGCCAAACAAUUUGAGUGAUGUUGGGAAAUUAACGUAUGAAGUUGAGGUCACAACACCUCCUUCGGCUAUUCUUGCACCACCCGGUUUCUAUUUACUCUUUGUGCUCCACCAAGACAUUCCAAGUCAGGGUAUUUGGAUCCAAGUGAUGUGA